CGCGACCACGAGAGGCGCUUCGGGCACCGCACCUGGGGGGCGGCGUGGGCCUGCUCCUGUCGGUUGGAAGGUGGCUUUCUCCAGCUGGAUUUGUUUUCCCGGCGCCUCCGGCCGGGUUUGCUUUCGCAGGUGCAGCGCUACUGUGAAAAGAGCAGGGUCAGCAGAAAGGUACGCGUCCCUCUGCGCGGUCCCCCGUCGCUGUCCUCCGUGCCUCUCUCCUCCUGCCCUGCCGAACCUCCGGCCCCGUCUCCGUGCCCGCCGUGCGGCAGCUCGCCGGGGGCGGGGAGGGGCCCGUCCGGCUCCCUCUCACCACCACCGCUCUCAUCCCUGUCCCAGCUCCUCGGCUUCACAGAGAGGUACGGGGCGGUCCUGGCGCCCUCCGGGGAGCAGCCCAGGCUGUCCGGGUUCCAGCACUUCCUGCAGAGCCUGCAGCCGGGGGCGACUGCGGCUCCUGCAGCCCCCGCGGAGCAGGGGGAGGACAGGGCGCCGCGGCCCGCUUCCCCGCUGAGGCACGUCGAAGGCUUCCUCGCAGCUCUCACCACCGCCAACCAGGAUGGCAGGGUCAUCCUGAGCCGUCAAGGCAGCCUCAGUCAGAGCAGCCUCAAAUUCCUGCUCCUGAAUCCAGCCGUGCACUUUGCCCAGGUGGUAAAGGAAUGCCGGGCGGUGGUCCUUGCAGGGGGCACCAUGCAACCGGUGUCCGAUUUCCGGGAGCAGCUGCUGGCGUGUGCCGGGGUGGAAGCCGAGCGCGUGGUGGAGUUCUCCUGCGGUCACGUGAUCCCGGCAGACAACAUCCUGCCCCUCGUCAUCUGCAGCGGGCCCUCCAACCAGCAGCUGGAAUUCACGUACCAGAAGAGAGAGCUGCCUCAGAUGAUGGAUGAGACGGGUCGCAUCCUCUGUAACCUGUGCAACGUGGUGCCGGGAGGGGUGGUCUGUUUCUUCCCCUCCUACGAGUACCAACGCCAGGUCCAUGCCCACUGGGACAAGAGUGGCCUGCUGGCCCGCCUGGCUGUCAGGAAAAAGAUAUUUCAGGAGCCCAAGAGAGUGAACCAGGUGGAGCAGGUGCUGCUGGAGUAUUCCAGGUGCAUUAAGCACUGUGGCCAGGCAGGGGGCAUGGUGACGGGGGCCCUGAUGCUCUCCGUGGUCGGAGGGAAGAUGAGCGAAGGCAUCAACUUCUCUGACGACCUUGGCCGGUGUGUGGUCAUGGUGGGCAUGCCCUUCCCCAGCAUCAGGUCUGCAGAGCUGCAGGAGAAGAUGGCUUACCUGGACCAGACCCUCCCCCGAGCCCCGGGCCAGGCGCCCCCUGGGAAGGCGUUGGUGGAGAACCUGUGUAUGAAGGCGGUCAACCAAUCCAUAGGCAGGGCCAUCAGGCACCAGCAGGAUUUUGCCAGCAUCGUGCUCUUGGACCAGCGGUACGCCCGCCCUCCGAGCCUGGCAAAGCUGCCGGCCUGGAUCCGGGACCGCGUGCAGGUCAAAGCCACCUUUGGCCCCGCCUUUGCUGCUCUGCGGAAGUUUCAUCGAGAGAAGUCUGGCUCUUCCUGACCGAUGGCCGCACCGCCGCGCGUGCCCCAGGCCCUCCUUUCACCCCGCCCACUAGAAACGUUGUCUCGGGCCUGCUCUGCAGCGGUCCUGCCU